AUGGACGACGGCAGCUUCCCCCGCACGCACCUCGGGGGAGGAGGCCGGCGGCGGCUCGUGGUCCGCGCCUUCUACCUCCGCAUGUCCUCGUCCUGCUCCUUCGCGGGGCAGCCGCCCGAGGAGCUCACGCUCGUCUACCACCCGGCCAUCGGCGGCGCGGCGCUGGAGGUCGCCGGCCGCGCGCUCCCGCCGGCGUCGGCCGUUCACGUGCCCCUCCUGCGCGUCCGCGGCGCCCAUGGCGACGCAGGCAAGGCCAAGGAGGCGGCAGCGUACGCGAGCGCCGACCGCGUCUCGGCGGCCGAGGGCGCGCGGUUCGCGGUGUUCGCGGGGAGGGAGCUGGCGGCGGACGGCGUGUUCGUGCGGCGCGCUGAAGGAGGGUGGCGCGUCGAGUGCCGCCGCGCGUUGGCGUCAAGGGCGCGGGUGGCGGAGGUGGUGGUCCUCGCGGAGGGCGGCGUGCUGGUGCGGGCCAGGGCGAAGGCGUCCAUCGGGUGCCUGACCAGGCUGGAGGGGAUACCGGAGGAGGAGGCGUGCGGGUGCGGGGCCUGCGGGGAGGAGGAGUGGGAGGUGGUCGGCGACGACGACGGCAGCGACAGCGGCGAUGAGUACUGGAAGUGUAAGGAGCGCGAGGAGGCGGCGGAGAUGGAGACGGUGCGGUGGGCGCUCGAGAUGGGCGCGUGGGCGGUGUGCGUCGGCGUCGGCCUGCUCGCCACCGCACGACGGUUCAGCCGGAAGCGGCCGCUCCGAUGA